AUUCUCCAUCCGAAAAUGUCGAAGCUCAUCCUCUCCCUUCUCCUUGUCGCCUGCAUUGCUGUUCAAAUCAAUGCUGCCGGAAUCGGCAAUGCCAAGAAUAUUCUGAAGUCGUUGGAUAAGGCACUGGAGUCUCACGACAUCAAGCGGUUCUUGAGCAUGCAUGACAGUAACUUCAACUUCAAGUUCUGUAAGGUUAGCGGAAAGAGUGUGGAAGAUUUGAAGAAGAUUUUGGAGCAGGAUCCAAAUAUGUCAACCACCAAGAAGAGUAAUCAUUUUGUCACCAGUAAAGUUACCAAAGACGGCGCAAACUACAAAUUCGACUACGAGGAGUUCCUUCUUCUUAAGAACGACGAAUUCUACAAGGCCGAGGGAACUAUUUACUUCCAAGAUGCACCAAAAGUCAAGAUCAUGAAGGCGACCGAAAAGUGUCCAGUGAAGAUUUUCUAAAAAUCUCGAAUCUGGAAUCAUGAUGUGAAAUAUAUGAAUAAAGAAUCUUUUUAAA